ACUCCUCUUGUCAUAUAAAAAUAGCUUACAUGUCCAAUGUCAACAUGCCAAUGUUAUUGUCUUUUAUGAAAAAUACAUAAAUUCGUUUAAAACCCAUUAAGGUUCAUAUACUCAGAAUUAUCACUCAUUUUAUAGUUAUUUAUACAAGUCUUCAUGUAUUUGUUUUAAAGGUCUGGUAAAAGAACAAGCUAAAAAAAAGAUAUAAAAAACAUAAUAAGGAUAAUAAAAUUAAUGCUUAAUACACAAAGUUUACACAACUAAACUCGAAAAAAAAUAUCCAGAAACAAAAUGUACUCUCAACAACCUUAAUAUAAUUUAUGUACUCUCAACAGUACAAGAAACAAAUUUUAAAAGACAAACAAACAAUAAGUCUCAGUGAUACAACAAGCAACACCACGAACUAUAUCAAUCUCAUUACUGACGCAGUUUAAUCCUUCAUUAGUGGAGAACAAUGAAUACACAGUUCAUCAUCACAACUCUAACUCUAUAACAAUAAAAAAAAACUUGAAAAAGAAUGAUCAACCGAAAACGCAAAAUUCACAACUACCAUAACCCUAGCAAAUAUUGAGAUGAAACAAGAACUCUGUCCACAACACCGCGCUUGCACGGAGCAAUGCCCCUAGUUGAAUAAAUAUAAUGGUCCAAGCUUGACUAUUUAUGAGUAGAUAAAAAGUGUUUUUGUUUUAAUAGCAUUGAUAUUUAUUUUAAGGACCUUAUAUUAUAUUAUACAAGAAUUAUGUUGCCUAUUAUAUUGGUUAAUUCAUGUUUAUCACAACCAUGUGAAAGUAUUUUUGAUUCGAAACUCAAGUUCAUUGGAAGCCUUUUCUUUUUCUUUUUGGCGAGGCCCAAUUUGAUCAAACAAUAAGAUGAUGAGGUUAAAGUGAAAUCCGAAUAUCUAAUAUGCCAAAAAAAAAAAAUCUUGAGGGAACAAAAAGAUUGCAUCCAUAACCAAAUAGGGUUUCUUAUACUACUUAGUUCAAAAAGUGUCUACCAUCGGAUUAGUUCAUUUUGUUGUCGUGUAGUUUCAGUCUUUUCUUUUCUGGCUUUGGUUUAGUUUGAUAGCUUUGUUGCUUAGGGCUUCAUGGUGAAAUUGAGAAAGCUAGGGUUUUUCUAAAUUCUAAUGGACAGGAUCAGUUUCUUGCCCGAUGAUUUCCUUUUGCAGAUACUUUCACUGCUUCCUACAAAAGAUGUCUUGACCACAAGUGUUUUGUCUAAACGAUGGCAAUAUCUUUGGAAGUUGGUUCAUAAACUGGAGUACACCUAUUGCGACAGGAACGCUGACCAUGGGAGAUUUGUGAGUUUUGUGGACAGAUCUUUGCUGUUAAGCACAGCUCCUGUCUUAGAGAGUUUGCAGUUCAAUAUCCGUAGGAAAUGCAGCGACAUAGAUAUCGGGUUUUGGAUUAGAACUGCAGUGAAACGAGGUUUGCGUGAACUCAGUUUCGACUAUUGGCCUCAUAAUACUAUUAAUGAGCCUAGCAAAUUGCCUCAGAGUUUGUUUACUUGUGGAACACUCGUGGUACUUAAACUCACCGAUGUAUCGCUUGUGGAUGUCACGUUCCCGGUUUGUUUUCAGCUCCUCAAGACAUUGCAACUUAGUUGUGUGAUUUACUUAGACGACGAGACUCCUCAAAAGCUUUUAUCAAGCUGCAAAAUUCUUCAAGAGUUGGACGUGAACCGAGUAAAGAAUGACAAUGUGACAGUAUUUUCUAUAAAAGUGCCUUCGUUACAAAAGCUAAUCUUCGAUGGAAAAUGGGGUACUCAUGACGGCAUUUCUGAGUUUGUGAUGAAUGCUCCUUCUUUGAAGUUCCUAGAGAUCAAUGAUUGCAGUAACGAAUGUAUGGUCGAGAAAAUGCCGGAGCUCGUGGCUGCAAAUCUUGAAGCUAUCUAUUGGAAUACCGACAAUAUACUCAGUUCUUUCACAUCAGUUAAACGUCUCUCGUUAUGUUUAGGCGAACAGUCUCCUUUUCCUACUGGUGAGAUCUUCCACCAGCUUGUGGACUUGGAGUUUUGCACAUGUGAAACGGAAUGGGAUUUACUUAUGUAUUUUCUCAAACAUUCUCCGAAACUUCGAGCUCUCAGACUCAACGACGUAAAGAAACUUAACCUUUACAACUUUGUGGGUUUUUUUGGCGAUAUCAUCUCAUAGUAGUAUAUAGUAAUGGCUGGUUUAUUGUAUAUUCAGAGAUCUGGUGGUAUUUUUGGAGCACGAAUAGAUCAUUGGGAUGAGCCAAGUUCUAUUCCUGAAUCGUUGAUGUUCAGUCUUGAAACUUUCGAGUGGACAACUUACAGAGGAUGGCAGGUAGAGAAAGAACUCGCAACGUUUAUCUUGAAACAUUCAAGGCGUCUAAAGACAGCGACUAUCUCACCACAACCCACUAGUUUGGAGAAUAAACAUCGAAUGCUCACGGAGUUAGCACUUUUGUCUAGAGGUUCGACGACAUGCCAGCUUGUGUUUGGAUGAAAGUCUGAAACCAUCUCAUUUUAAAAGCAGUUUGUUUGCAUCUCUUAAACCAUUUGAUGUGUUUAUCUCAUUUCUCUUCUCUAUAUUUCAUAGUUAGAAUGAUUAGUCGACAUUCACUGAGUUUUUUUCUGAAGUUUUUUUUCUUCUUUUUGACUUGACAUAGAUAUAGUUGCACCAAUAAUACCACAGUCAAAAUGUCCAAGUGCUUAAGGACACGGAUUUGAAAUUUGUUGGGCUUCGCCCGCGCAGGUUUGAACCCUGCUUUGAUGAAAGUUUUUCUCGACAAGCCAAACAAUGGGGACGGAAAGGAUACUUGAAAGCAAUGACUGUAUGGAUUGUUUCUAAAAGAAUGUCAUGACCACUGCACAUGUUAUCUCAGUUUUGAUUUACUAAUUCGUAGUUGACUAACUCUUGAGUUAGUAAUGCAAUUAUUGUAAAAAUGUUUUGAAUCGAAUAAAUUUAACAUUUUUAAAAAUACGCAAUCUGCUCAUCUAUUGACGAGACGGGGAUUAAACUGAAUAGCUGAAGCAUCAAAAGUCGUGGCCAAUGAAAGGAUAUCUUAGCUAUAAGGUUGUUGCCGAGAGUUUCAUGGACAAUUGCCGUUUCUUUCCUGGUGAUUUCUUCCUGCGGAUACUUUCACAUUUCCUUAAUUACAAUCUUCACCACAAGUGUUUUGUCAAAAGGAUGGCGGAAUCUAUCGAAGUUAGUUAGUGUCUAACAUUGAGUACAUCGACUGUGAUAAGAAUGCUGAUCAUGGACGCUUUGUGCGGUUUGCUGACAGAUCUUUGCUAUUAAGCACAAUACUUGUGUUAAAAGAGUUUGCAUUUCAAGUUUGGUAGGCAAUGCAGCGAGAAAUGUACUCUUUUUUGGGGAUAAUAUUUGUAGUGGAAUGAGGUUUUCGUGGCUAAAUUUCAAUUAUGUUGAUCAUGACUUGAUGAGCCUAGCCGAUUGCCUCCAGGGGCGGACCCACUAAAGCCCAAAGGAGGUCACUUGACACCCUAAAAUAAUCAAAUAAAUCAAAUAGUAUACGAUUUUCUAAAGAAUCUGUGGCACUAAUGGUUGUUUUGUACUCUUCGAUACCCCAUGAACUCAGGUUCAAACUCCCAUUGACACCAUAAUUUUUUUAUUUUUGAAAAUUAUAUAUAUAAAUAUAUACGAUUCCGGUAAAAUAAAUUUUUGGAUCCGCCACUAAUGUCUCAAAGCUUGUUUACUUAAUGAAAUUUUCGUUGUAUUUAAAUUACCGAGUGUGUCAAUUGUAGGGUUGGGUACGGAUCAGAUAUCCGGAUUUUUAAGGUAUUUGUGAUUUGUUUUGUAUGUUACGGAUAUCUAAUUUUUUUUAUUUGUUUUGCUUUGGAAAAAUACGGAUAUCCAAAAAAUAAAUAGAUAUCUGUGGAUAUUUACUAAUACUUACGGAUAUCUCAUCCGUUUAAACUAAUGCAAAUAAUCUUAAAAGUUUGAUACAAAAUUGUUUUGUAAAAUAUAUUUUUUGCAUGAUAUAUAAUAUAAAAAUUAAAAAAGUAGUGAAUCUACAUAUUUUGUAAAAAAAAUUUUA